CGGUUGUUUACAUUAGCAGCUCUCGCGAGAACUUUGUGACAAACGGGUUGGCAUAGUUACAGAAAAUACUUACUUACUUUCCUUUAUGUUUAUUUAAUAGGUUUUCCACCAAAGGCAUUCAUGACAGUUGUGUAGCUUUUAUUGUUGGAGUUACUUUCAUUACACUUGCGCGGUAUAAUAAAGUAUCUGUUUGGAGUUUGGGUUGUCUCUAUAUGGCGCUGGGUUGUCUAGGGGAGGGGCUAAUUUGGCGGUACUUCCAGCGCGGGAAAUUCGUUUUAAAUAGUAGUAGCGCGAAGAAACCGAAGAAGCUUGAGAGGUUGUAUACCUUGUAGUAGUCGGCUGUAGUUUUGUCUCUUGGUUAGUAAGUAGUACGUCUUAAGUCCGUAUAAACAAUUUAGUGUACUAUCCGUUUUAACUGUACAACUUUUCCAUCAUGCCCGCUCUAGAAGUUAAAGAUGCAUCUACAAUUUCUCCUUCGAAGAGGGCAAGGACCGAGACAAAGCCUGCAGAGGAAAGAUCUGUCCUCAGGUUUGCAAAACUCUCUGAGCAUGCUACCACACCGACCAGAGGCUCAAACAAAGCAGCGGGAUAUGAUCUCUACAGUGCCUAUGAUUACACCCUUGGUCCUAUGGAUAAGGCCAUUGUGAAGACAGACAUACAGAUAGCAGUUCCUCAUGGCUGCUAUGGGAGAGUUGCACCGAGGUCUGGACUGGCAGCCAAACACUUCAUUGAUGUUGGUGCUGGAGUUGUAGAUGAAGACUAUAGAGGAAAUGUGGGAGUUGUGCUCUUCAACUUCAGCAAGGACACAUUUGAUGUAAAAAAGGGUGACAGAGUUGCUCAGCUGGUCUGUGAGAGGAUCUGCUACCCCGAUCUGGAGGAACAAGAGACGCUUGAUGAGACAGAGCGUGGUGCUGGAGGUUUUGGAUCAACUGGACGCAAUUGAAAGCUCCAACUAAAGGUGGAGAUGUACAUGCUGAAUAUAUUAAAUAAAGUUUUGUUUUUGUA